AUGCAAGCGGCCUCAGCUUGUUUGCAGUGUUUGCACUUCGCAACAUCUGCGUCGGAAUUUCCUCUCAUCUCCCGCGAAGUCCCUCCCGAACCCCAAUCCUUGCCCGGCCUCCACGAGGCAUCCAAUUCCAUUUUUCCUGAUCCCCGGUCGAUUGACAGCAAUGCCCUGAUAAUGCAAAGUUUGUGGUCCCGCGCCGCUCCGCAGUCGACCUGCCGCUGCGUCUCGUGCCUUAGCACGACCGCCAAUGGGGUCACUUCGCGAUCGGGAGCUGCCGCCAGCAAGCGACGACUUCGAAUCGGCAACUCCGUCACGGCUUUAUACACCAGCAUCUUUGCUGCAGCCGCUCUGGCCGAUGCGAGUGUCAAGGACCAACGCCGGCAUGACUGGGACGAGAGAAUCGCGGCUGUUAAAGCCGAAGUGACUGAGCUGGUGGAUGAGGAGCAGCGGAUUCUGGCCUCGCUCCAAUCGCGAAGGAGGGGCUGGGAACCUAAUCGACUACCGCACACAAGGGGGUUCGGCACCAUCGUGAACUUUCCUCCCGCACUCGAGCGAACACACGGCUCAAUUAGGCCGACAAGGUCGUUUCACACAGGACGCAGAUUUCUCGGUGGUACCAGUGCUCAGGUGUCGGAGAGUGCUUCUCUGGAAGUCGAGAGAGAAUUGACAGUUGAGGACCUGGAGGACGGCGAUCUUUUUGUGGCUGUCAGCGAGACAUUACCACACUGGGUCUUGAAGGACGACCUGCGCCUCAAGGCUAUACAAAAGCUUGCCUUGAGACAAUUCGCUAUUCGACUUUUGCUCCGUCCGAUCAUCGCGCACCGCUACUCGGGGGUCUCGAUGAAUUAUGCUGCCGAUUUCGAUCUCCCUCAAAUCAAUGUCGAGAAGCUCUUGGACGAGCUGAACAACAUUCGACAUCGGAUACAUCAACUCCGAACCUACAAGAACUCUAGUUUCAACGAUGUGAUAGAAGACUACGCUGCGAUGCACAUUGGCACAAUGCAAAAAGGGCGGGAUAGCCUCGAUGCGGAGCUCAAUAACGACAUUCAAUUGUUUAUGAGCGAGCAGAUGUCUCUCCAGGAGCUGUUGCUGCGGAUAUCCAGUAAUUUGCUGAACUCCGUUGACCCGGACCGUACCGCCGCCUUCCGAUAUAUCCUUAUGGCCUUCACCAAAACUCGCCAAAAUGACCUCAACGACCUGCUUCUCCAAACCCUCUUGCCCCAUCGAUUCUACCUGAGCUCCUCGCUCAUCAUAACGAUUUUGGCCUUCUUGCGCAAAUCCAAAAACCUCAAGCAUUUCGAUCUGUUUUUAAAAAUGCUUAGCGGCGAGGGUUACUCGGUCAAUCUGGGCUCCCUCGGACACUACCGGCAGCGGAGGAUCAAUGGAUUGGAAAUGGUUGUUCCGCCUAUAGAUAGCAGUAACCCCGUUAUAUACGCCACAUUGAUUUCGUCUGCUUUGCGAUUCAACCAGCCCGAUCGAGCCGAUGCCUGGCUUCAAGCAGCGCGCAGUGUGGGAUUCUUUGACGACUUCACUACUCUUUUUGCCUACCUCCGGUUCUACAGUAUCCGCCAAGACUGGGAGAAGGGCACCUUUGCAUUGAAGCGAGCCCUGACAUUCCUUGUCUCCUCAACAGAACUUCCUGUUACAUCAGUGGAGCGUUUGUUGGCGCGAAUGGUGCAUCUCUGCGAUUCAUGUGGCCGGACAGAUGUUUCGGAGGCGUUGAUCUCCGCUGCUAUGGAAAGCGGCUUUGACCCCACGAUUCCGUCUCGGCAGGUUGACAUCGUACCUAUCGUGAAUCACGGUACCAAACGAUGGACGAAGGCUGCUGGGACAGCACCGGCUGAGAAAAUAAGCCGUCCUUUGUGGCAGAAGUGCUUUGAGUUUGCUGGCACUUUUGGAGAACAGUUGAGCCAACUGGAGACAAUCCAAGUCGAUAGUUUUGCGCGACGACAUGCCAAGCUGGCCAGUCGACAUGCACAGAAUGCGAUGUCUGCCACCUUCGCACAGAACCUGGCCCAGCCCGAGAAAGGCAUUGCGGAUAGAAGCACUUUGUCAAGACCCUCAUCAUCUCAAGGGGGGUCCCCUCGCAAGGGAAAUACGCAAGCACAAGGCUCACAAAGUGAAGAGCUCACUGCGCUCAAGGACGAAGUCGCCCAGUUGCGCGAGCUUGUCUUUGAGCUCCGCAAACACCACAUCGAAGACUCGUUCAAAGACGACGACUCCUCACAUGGGGAGCGAGAAGAGUCCAUCUCUCAGCCCACCAACCCGCCCUCCACUACCGACUCCUUCAAAUCCCACCAAUCUUCCAUGAGCGUCGAAUUCGAACAAAUAUCCAACCUGGUCGACAGCGACAAGUUCCACACGCCUCCUUCCGAUACCCAGACACCCCGACCCCGAACUUCCCGCCGCAAACAGCACGCCGACCUCAUGACGAUGGUUCCACCUGUGCCCUUAACCGGUCUGGAGCCGAGUGCCGCCCCCGACUUACCCCCUUCAUCUUCUGUUUCUGAGAGCAUCGCACAGACGGAGCCUCUUGCCCGUGGAUCCGCAAGAGGAUCGUGCGGGAAAGCUGAGACAGCUCGGCCGGUGCUUUUCCGACGCAUCAUGAGGUGA